AUCAGUUCUCAUCCAGAAAUGACAAGCAGACACACGGGAUGUGGAGCAACAACUGCUGCUUUGUUUCUUCCCUGGUGAGGAAUACCGGUGGGUUUUUCCUACUUGAUGACUUUAGAGUUCCAGUGAAUACCCGUAAGUUGAGGUGGGAAGGUUCUGACAAGGAAGCUUUAAUCCCUGCUCUGUGCAGAGCUGUGCAGCCCCUUGGCCACUGGGCUGUUCCUCACCCCCCAGCCACUGCCCCACCGCUCUGAUUCCCUCCCAGAGUGAAGGGGUUCAGUUCUCCUCACAGCGUGGAGCUCACACACACCCCCUGUGGGUUCUCCUCCUGACACAAAAAUCUCACUUUCUUUUAUUUCUACCCAGUUGUACGUGGAAGAUCCCACCAGAGGUGUGAGAUCAGUGUCCCUGUGCCAUUUGCCUGACCACGAGGAAUACACAGUCCAUGUGCUGUGGCCAGACAUCCACAGCAGCUCUGUGUUGUGUUUAGCUCACGUCUCGGAGAGCACAGAAGAUGUUUGGGCUGGUCAUUUGACUUCGUUUUAAUCCCUUCUCUUCUUUUUUUUGUGGUGUAUAAGGUGUGUGAUUCAUAAGCACUCUCUGGUUUUUAAUGGCAUGAUCUAAUUCCUGCAAGCUAAUUUGGGACUGCUCCGUACUGUGUAACAAACAAGCAGAAGCCUGUUAAUUUCCAGCUCAGCUGGGAUGCAGGAAAGGAACAAUUUGUCGGUUGCUAAAUGAAAAGGCAGGAAUGCCAGCAGGGAAAAUGUGCAGCAAUUUGUCAAACCCUGACGACCUUCCCUGGCUUCCGAGACUUUGUAGAUAAUGGACCGGCGGGAACAGUCUUGUUCUUCACAUUUUAAUACUCUGGGCUCUGUAUUUUAGCACUAAAGGGAAGAUGCUGUUGUGUUCAGGCUGUGUGCUCGGGCGAGGGCCCUGUCACCUUCUGUGGCUUCUCCCCAUCAUCUGCUUCUCUCAUAGAGGCUGUUUGGAUCAGUAGGGAUGGGAAAGAACGGGAGCUGCAGAUUUGUGUGCGCUGCUGUGUGUUUGUGCUCUUGCAGCUCCUUUUCAGGCAGAGCGUGAUCCUGGAGGUGGGGCUUUGAUCCAGGUUUGACAGAUGAUGUUGAAUUCGCUGCUAGAGGUGUCUGAGGUUUCUUUAGAGCACGUUUCACCAGGCUGCUUCCUGCCCUCUCGUUUUGCUGCAGAGACAGCGCUCGCUCCUCUUCGUUUCCCGGCCUCCCCUCGCAGCCAGGCACUUGCAAAGCACUGCAGCAGGCAGGAGGGUUGGAAAGCACAUCCAAACUGUCAGGCUGCCUGCCCCAGGAAGCCAAAAGGCACAGGCAGCUCUGAGCAGAAGAAUCUGAAUCUGGAAUGUAAGACAAAAGUACUCGUGUCAUAUUCUCAGAGCGUGAAGAGCUGACACUGGGGUUCUGAUGUGCUUUAUUGCAUCUUGUUCUGAACUGUGAACUAUUUCAUCCUUGUAUCAGCUCAAACCCCUGAUGGAUUUCCUGUGCCUGUAAGCUGGAGCGUUCUCCUUUUCACGGGGGUCUCUGCUGCUGCAAAUGUGAUUGGACACAAACCUCAGCUUUCUCUGCCUGUUCAGGAGCUGCUGGGGAGGGGAGGGACAGAGCAGGGUGUCAGGGGUGAAGUGGUGUCUGUGCAGUUGGCUCGGAGGAGGCUGCUGGCCAGGCUGCCACAGGCUGUUCUGCCAGCCCAGAGCCCCCCAUGGCUCCAGCCCACCUCGUGAAAUUCCCAAGCUGUUUCCUUCUUGGAAGAGUGUUAGGAAUCGCUGCUGCUGCUUUUGCUGAGGGGAGCCAUGUCCUACCACAGAGCCCUUCGCCUGCUCCUGCUGACGCUCUGCGGCACCCUGGUCCCCACGGUGCUGGCAGAGUACCCGCAGGGGCCCGUGCCCACCCUCUGGAACGAGCCACCCGAGCUGCCCUCCGGAGCCGGGCCCUUGGACGCGGCCACCGCCACGGCCCGGCUGCCGGCCGGCACGGCCUUCGCCCCGUACACGGCCGAGCUGGAGCCCGAGGACACCACCCGCCCGCACCGCCUGGACGCCAGCGCCGGCUCGCUGGGGCCCGGAGCUAUCGGUGCCAUCGUCAUCGCCUCCCUGCUGGGUACGUCUGUGCUUGUGGCCUUGGUCGUCAUCACGCUGAGGAAGUUCUCGGUCUCCUGAACUCAAUAAAGGAUUUUUCUGUACCACAA